AUGGUUUUUAACUUGGAGGAUUUUUUGAAUGCACCAGAUGCGCGGUUACUUCAAACACUUAAGAAAGAUGAAUUGUUUGAAUUUGUGUCAAAAUUUCACUUGAAUGUAAAGCGCAGUGCUCGGAAAAUAGAAAUAAAAAAUGCUGUGAUUCAUUAUUUAGUUCAGAGAGAGUUCAAGAAGUUAGAAAUUGAACAGGAGAGAGAAAGGCAGGCAUUUGAAAGAGAAAAGAGAGAAUAUGAAAAAGAAAAGAGUGCGCAAGAUCGAGAACAUGAGUUACAGAUUAAGAAAUUAGAAUUCGAGACUCAAAAGAUAAAACAUGAGUUGGAACUUGAGGCUAAGGCUAAAUCAAAAUCUGACUUUGAUGUGACAAAGAACAUAAGACUUGUCCCUAAGUUUCAAGAGAAAGAUGUUGACAAAUAUUUUAUUCAUUUUGAGAAAAUUGCAGAAAAUUUGAAAUGGCCAAAAGAAUUCUGGCCACUAUUGUUGCAGAGUGCAUUUGUUGGCAAAGCUAGGGAAGUUUACAGUGCAUUGUCACUUCAGCAAAGUACAGAUUAUGAUGUUAUUAAGAAAAAUGUCUUAAAAGCAUAUGAACUUGUACCAGAAGCCUAUAGACAGAAAUUUAGAAAUUACAAGAAAUUCAAUGAACAGACUCAUGUUGAAUUUGCGAGAGAGAAACAAAAUAUGUUUGAGAGAUGGUGCACUUCUAAAAAUGUUGGAUCAAACUUUGAAAGGUUGAAACAGGUCAUUUUGAUUGAGGAAUUCAAAAAUUGUAUUCAUCCUGAAAUUAGAACCUAUUUGGAUGAGCAGAAGGUUGAGACUCUUGAGCAAGCUGCGACUGCGGCUGAUGAUUAUGCACUAACACAUAAGGUAUCUUUUGUAAAACUCAGUACUAGUCAACAGAAGAUGACCAGCUAUGACAGUUCUCGAGGGGGACCAGACACUUCACAGGUAAUUCAACCUAAGAUGGCGUACUCUGAAAUCAAAGGUAGGGACAAGAAUAAUGAAACCUUAAAGCAGGUACCCAUUUGUAAUUAUUGUAAAAAGAAGGGUCACAUUAAGUCUGAAUGUUGGGCAUUACAGAGGAAAAAACCUGUAAGUAAUGAUAGUAAGCCAAGUCCCACUGCUCUUACAUCUGUCCAAGGUAAGGUUUCCUGUAGUCAGUUUGAGAACACUGCUGUUAAGUCUGUCGAGCCAGAGUCUGAUGUUCUUAGAGAGGAAUUUAAGCCUUUUGUAUUCAAUGGUUUAGUGUCGGUGGGUACCGACUCACACCCUAUAAGAAUUUUAAGGGAUACAGGUGCUUCUCAGUCUUUGUUACUAGAGGGCGUGUUGCCACUGUCUGAGAAGACACAUACUGGUUCUGAAGUGUUGAUUCAGGGUGUAGAAUUAGGAAUUGUGAAAGUUCCUCUUCAUGUUAUAGACUUGAAGUCAGAUUUAGUCUCUGGGUCUGUGGUCGUAGGUGUUAGACCUACUUUACCUAUUAAGGGAGUUUCUCUUCUGUUAGGUAAUGAUUUAGCUGGGGGUAGGGUGGUACCUGACCCAAUCAUUUGUGAAAAGCCUAGUCUUACAGGAGAGGUAGAGGAGGAGAAUAAAGAGUUAUUUCCUUCAUGUGCUAUUACAAGGGCUAUGGCUAAGAAACUAGGACAUGCUGAACAGACGGUAAGUCAGAAGUUAGAUACAGGAAAGGACUUGUCUAUAGAUCUUGAUGAGACAUUUUUGUCAGCUAUGUUAGAUUCAGAAAGUCACAUUUCCUCAGAGGAUCAGCAGUCUAAAGGUGAUGUAUUUGGUUUACAGGAAAUGUUAGACAACACACCUCUUACUAGAGAUAAGUUGAUAUCUGAACAAGAGUCAGAUGUUGAAUUACAAGGUCUCAUUGAACAGGCUUUGUCUCCAGAGGAGGCAGAGAAGGUCCCUGUUUGUUAUUAUAAGAAUCAGGGUGUACUCAUGAGAAAAUGGCGUCCCCCUGAUGCUUCAGUAGAGGAUGAGUGGCAAAUCCACCAUCAAAUUGUAGUACCUAGGGUAUAUCGGAGAACAGUCGUAGGGCUUGCCCAUGACACACCAAUGUCGGGUCAUUUGGGGGUCACAAAGACCUACCGUAAGGCAUUGACCCACUUCUUCUGGCCUAAGAUGAGAAGGGAUAUAGUCGACUAUUGCAGAUCAUGUCAUGUCUGCCAAGUAGUGGGAAAACCUAAUCAAAAAAUCUCUCCUGCUGCUUUAAAGCCUAUCCCUGCUUUUGAUGAACCAUUUACUAAGGUCAUUAUAGAUUGUGUGGGUCCCUUACCUAAAACCAAAGCUGGUAAUCAGUACUUGUUGACAAUAAUGUGUGCGUCGACACGCUUCCCUGAAGCAAUUCCACUGCGAAACAUAAAGUCUAGAACCAUUGUCAAUGCUUUGACCAAGUUUUUCACCAAUUUUGGUUUGCCUCAGUCAGUACAGUCUGAUCAAGGUUCCAAUUUCACAUCCCAGGUCUUUAAACAGGUAAUGCAGGAGUUAGGGGUUAAGCACCAUACAUCCAGUGCAUACCAUCCAGAGUCCCAGGGGGCUCUUGAGAGGUUUCAUCAAACCUUGAAAACUAUGAUUCGAACCUAUUGUUUGUCGAAUGAGAAAGAGUGGGAUCAGGGAAUCCCCUUCCUUUUAUUUGCUGUUAGGGAUGCAAAACAAGAAUCACUGGGUUUUAGUCCAUUUGAACUUGUAUAUGGUCACACUGUGAGAGGACCAUUGAAAUUGCUCAAAGAGAAAUGGUUGGUUGAAGAGAGUGAGACAAAUCUAUUAGAUUAUAUAGUUAAGUUCAAAGAGAGGCUCAGUCAGACUUGGACGCUAGCCAGAGAGAAUCUAAAGGUAAGUCAAGACAAAAUGAAAACCUGGUAUGACAAACGUACCAAAACAAGAACAUUUAAGUCGGGAGACAAAGUCCUUGUCUUGUUACCAAUUCCAGGUCAGCCUUUACGUGCUAAAUACUUUGGCCCAUUUGAAGUUGAAAGAAAGGUGAAUGACUUGAAUUACAUUAUUAAGACACCAGGUCGAAGCAAGAGCAAACAGCUCUGUCACAUCAACAUGAUCAAGCAGUAUCAUAACCGAACUGACAUAGAUCACCCCAAGGUAGAAUCAGUUGCUGCUUCAAACACUGAAGUUAAGUCUACCCCAGAACAAGACAAACUUGCACAUGAGUAUGAUCAGUCUACUCCUAAGUUGAAAAACUCUGAUGUUUUGUCAGACUUAGAGUCUAAACUUAACCACUUACAAGAGAAUGAAAAGAAGAGCUUAUGUCUCUUAUACAAGAAUUUACACAUUUAUUCCCGGAUGUUCCUAAAAAGACCAAUCUUGUAUAUCAUGAUAUAG